AUGUACUGGAAGAGCCAUGCUACACAGAUCGAGGCCGACUUUCAACGGGUCAAGCUGCUGGGCACGGGUGCCGUCGAAGAGUGGCUCAAGGGGCUGCAGCUGAGACAAAGCUCUUUGCUGAAAGACAUGGACAGGUGGGAGAGCUGGGCUGCCGAUGGUGGCCUUGACGUGAUGAAGCGACAGGUGCCGGCAACGCUGAAGCAGCCCCCAUCAGCAGUAUCCGCCUCAACUGCAAAAUCUCGGCGAGACCCUAAGGAUGUCCUUGACACAGAAUGGGAUGAGGUCCAAGCCCCCGUGAGGACAAGAUUUGCACGAUAUGCCGAUGAUUACAUCCGGCAUAAAUGGAAACGCUGCAAGAGGCUCAGAUCAAAAUCCAGCGCCUUCUUCGCUACGAGACUACUCAUGUACGCUCAAAAUAGAUUCUUCAAAGAUGUCGCCGGCGAGGCGGCGCUCGAUGAACCUGUCGAGGGACCUUAG